AUGGGGUAUGAAAACCAUGGAAGUUUUCGUCUUGAGGAAAAGGAGAAGAACAAGCUCUCUAAUUACCAGACUCGCAUUAGAGAUAUGAUAUUUCUGACUGAGACAUGGUCCUCCAGGGAGCAGGGAGCAGGGUACAGUGGGAUUGAAGGUGCGACGUCGUGGAAGAUGUUGAGCGCGUAG